AUGACAACCUACUUCAAGCUCAACACCGGUGCUCAGAUCCCCGCCAUCGGCUUCGGAACCUGGCAGGAUGCCGAAGCGCAGGAACACGCCGUCGUGGACGCCAUCAAAGCGGGAUAUCGCCACAUCGACACAGCCAGAGUUUAUGGAACAGAGAAGGCUGUAGGCAAGGCUAUAAAGACGGCUGGAGUCCCCCGCGACCAGCUUUUCGUUACAACCAAGCUCUGGAACAACAAGCAUCACCCGGACGAUGUCGUGCAGGCUGUCCAGGAUUCGCUCGAUGAUCUGGAUCUGGAAUACAUCGAUCUGUUUCUGAUCCAUUGGCCUGUGGCUUGGAAGCGGGGGGAUGAGCUGUUCCCCAAGGAGAAUGGGAAGGCGGCUGUUGUGGAUACUGACUAUAUCGAUGCAUCUCUCGAAAAAGUUCUCCCAACCGGAAAAGUGAAAGCGAUUGGCGUCUCCAACUUCUCCCAAGCGGAAAUGGAACGUCUUCUCAAUAACACCUCCGUCGUCCCGGCAGCCCACCAGCUCGAAAGCCACCCCUGGCUGCAACAGCCCGACUUCGCCGAGUGGCACAAGUCCAGAGGCAUCCAUGUCACCCACUACUCUCCCUUCGGGAACCAGAACGAGCUGUACUCCUCCAAGGAGGGCGCCACUAUCGGCAAGCUGAUCGAGGACCCUGUGCUGGCUGAGAUUGGCAAGAAAUAUAACAAGACUGCAGCUCAGGUCGCUCUUGCCUGGGGCGUCACCAUCGGCCACUCGGUACUUCCCAAGUCGAAGACCCCCUCUCGCAUCAAAGCCAACCUGGAAGGCGACUUCAAGCUCGACGCCGAAGAUAUGCAGAAGAUCCGGGGCAUUGACAAGAAGCUGCGGUUCAAUGACAGCAGCGCUGACUUUGGAAAGGAGUUCUUCACGGAUCUGGAUGGGAAGAAAUAGACUUCUUCAGUUUAGGUCUUCUUUCCAUGGGGGGUCAGCCUUGUAUAACUAAUCUUAUGUUGUAUAUACAUGCAGAAUGUGCACGAGAAACGAAUGCCAUGAAAUUCACACCUGCUC